CUAAUUGAAUUGCACAGUGUGUGUGGAGCUCCGUGUGUGUGUUCAUCUUCUUCCCACAAUGGCCGGGCUCGAGUGAGGGAAGAGACGCGCCUCUCUCCAGAGAAGGAAUGAUGAGGAAGAAAGGUCAUUGUGGUUGCCAGAGAAGCUCUACAAGGUUGUAGCCCACUGGCUGUGAAUUCCCGGGGUCUUUUAUAGCCUUGUUUCCAUAGCAACAGCCCCAGUCCUCGCCAAAACGUUUACAGACCCCCCCUUCCGUAAAGACAACCGGCCGGAAUGGACACCGAGUCGACACACUCGGGCUACUCCAGCCGCUCGGGAAGGUCCAACCGACACAGCGAGCGAGGUCGUGAGCGCCACAAGGCCAGCAGCAGUAAAGACAGCAGCCGCUCGGAGAAGUCGGUCAUCAUCAAUCCUCCGGAGACGUCCUCCCAGGAUUCGCCGGUGCACAAUGGCGAGCCGCUGCCAGGAGAGCCCAUGCCGGCGGCAUCGGAUCCUGGUGAAGAGGGCCAGGACGAUAACUGGGGAGAAACCACCACGGCCGUGACAGGCACCUCAGAGCUGAGCAUCUCCCAGGAGGAAGUCGUCGGCCUGGGGAAGGGCAUCCAGGACCGGACCCGAGGCUUCCGCCGCUAUCUCCCCCUCGCCGUGGGCGUGUGCGGGGGCCUCCUGGUGCUGGCCACCCCUCUGGUUUUCCUGCUUCUGCCGGUCAUCAUGUGGCCCGAAAGACUGCAGCCGUGCGGGGCCGCCUGCGAGGGUCUCUUCCUAUCCCUGUCCUUCAAGCUCCUCAUGCUCCUCACGGCCAUCUGGGCCUUGUUUCUGCGGCCGGCCCGCGCCAGCCUGCCGAGAGUGUGCGCGUGUCGGGCCUUCCUCACCACCCUCACCCUCCUCCUCACCAUGUCCUACUGGCUCUUCUACGGCGUCAGGAUACUUGAUGCACAGGAUGAGGACUACCACGGCGUGGUCCAGUUUGCCGUGUCCCUGGUGGACUCCCAGCUCUUCGUCCACUAUCUGGCCGUGGUGCUGCUGGAGCUCCGCCACCUCCGGCCGUGCUACAGCGUCUGCGUCAUCCGCUCCACCGACGGGGAAACACGGCACUACAACAUAGGACAGCUCAGCAUCCAGAACGCCGCCCUGACCAUCCUGGAGUAUUACUACAAAGAUUUUCCACUCCACAACCCGGCGCUGCUGUCGGCCUCCAAGCACAGAGCAGCCAAACAUUUGGCUGGAUUGAAAGUUUACAACGUCGACGCUUUGCGAGAAAGACUGAGACGCUAUCUGUGGGAGACUCCCGGGAACACGGCGGGUGCUCAGCCUGCUAAUGGGAACCAAUCCCAGGCUGCGGCCGCCGGCGCCAAACGCAAAGACAGCGCCCAUAAUGAGCUGUACUACGAGGAGGCCGACUACGAGAGACGAGUCCGCAAACGAAAGGCCAGGUUGGUGGUGGCGGUGGAGGAGGCCUUCACGCACGUGCGCCGCAUGAAGAAAGAGGACGAGCGCGCCUCACCCUCCGACAUCAUGGACGUCCGGGAAGCGGCGCUUGCCAUCUUCCCGUCGAUGGCCCGAGCCCUGCAGAAGUACCUCCGCACCACCAGGAGGCAGCACUGCCACAGCAUGGAGAGCAUCCAGAAGCACCUGGCCUUCUGCCUCAUUAACAACAUGAGCCCUAAGGCCUUCUUGGAGGCCUACCUGGCCCCUGGUCCCACCCUCCAGUACGGCCCCGAGCGCUGGAUGGCCGACCAGUGGAUGUUGGUGAGCGAGGCGUCGGUAACGAGCGGCGUUCAGGAAGGAAGCGAAUUCACGCUGAGGUGCCUCGACUUCAGCUUAGCCGUCACCGUCAAGGGCAUCCCGUACAUCCGAGUGACCGAGGAGUACGUGGACCCCAAAUCGCACAAAUUCGUGCUUCUGCUGCAGUCGGAAACGUCGGUUUAACGGCGCUUAAGCGUCUCUGGACCUCCAUGACUCCAAAAUGUCCUGGUUUUUCUUGUCUUUUUGUGACUACAUUUUACGGAAAGAAGGGAUAAGCCUGCGCUUUUCCACCAUGAUAGUCGGGAAUCCUUCUAUGCACUACAGACUCAUUUGCAUGUGGACGAGUACGAGUGUGUGGGAUUUUUUUUUUUUUUUUUUUUUUUUUAGAAUGUGUGUUUUUGUGUGGUGGAGACAUUUCCCAAACGUCUGCCUGUGAAAAAAAAAAAAAAGAAUUAUCUGUCGGUAUGUGUACAGUAUUUAUACGUCAACAUGCAUUAUUCCCUGCAUACUUUUUAUAUUAAAACUGCUUGGAUGAUUAUCUUCAACAUUUUUUUUUUUUUACUAUGAAUGUAAAUAUGUGUUUUGUAUACUGUGUCAAAUCAGUGACAAUAGUGUAGUCAACCUUUUUUAAUUCCACCGUUUUAUAUCUCAUGCCCUCGUAUUACAGCACUUCCCAGCAAGCAUGAGACAUUACAUAUUAUAUAAAAAUAUUUCUACUUAACGGACAUAAUUGAUGAUAAAUAUUUAGUAUUUUUUGAACGACUAGUUAGAGGAUAAAAAAUUAAAUACUAAAUUAUUAUUUCAAUUGAGCUCAAGCAGUGUUUGCAGCCAUCAGCGUCUCACUGCUGCCACCUGUUGGCCACUUUCCAAACAGUCGAGAGCACCGUGCUUGAUUUGUAGAAAGAAUGUUGUAUUAAUAAAUUUAAUGUUGUCAUUUCACAUGAGGACAAAUGUUACUGUUGUCACUGAUGUAGUUAGCAUUUCUGUACAUGUCUCGACUACACAUUUAUCUUGUGUGUGUGUGUGUGUGUGUGUGUGUGUGUGUGUGUGUGUGUGUGCGGGUUAAGCAUUUGUUGUGACACUUUUUUUGUACACCAACAAAACAGCAGUUGUGUCAAAUCCAUAUUUGUUACCAAAAUAAAAAGCAUUUGUAUUGAUUUUAGCUGUUUUUAAUGGUUAAUUCAAAAAGAAAUUACAUAAAUAUAUUCGCUUUUUUGGAUUUUAUCUUCCUACAAAUACAAUCAUUAUAAUAAUUUACAAUUAGGGAUGGCUGAUAUUGGCUUUUUUGCUGGAAAUCCAUAUAAUGAUAUUGUCCAACUCUCAAUUUCCGAUACAGAUAUGUGUAACAUGAUAUAUCUCCUGUGAUGGAUUGUUUUAAAUUGAUUGCAUUGUUUUAAAUGAUCGGGAAAAAAUCAGAUACCGAUAUCGCAUUUUUAUGCUGAUAUCGGGCCGAUAAUUAUCAAACAUCCCUAAUAACAAUAUAAUAAAUGCAAUAUUCUAUAUUUAAUUGGACACAAAAAGUGGCACAUUUGUUCCUAAUGACAAAAAAAGUCUCUCCUACUCGCUGAUGAUUUUGGCUCAACUUAUUAGACGAGAUUGGGUUCCAAAACUUCUCCCUUUCUUUCAUCGCUUUUUUUAAAAAACUCAUUUCAAAUAUUAAAUAUUUUGGUCAUUGAACAGAAACAAUAAAGAGUCACGUGUCGCCUUUAGCCUGGUCGUCAGGUUAGCGUUUUUAGAGCAUUAUUUUGGGAAGCCGACGUUGUUUUUGUCACCAGGGACAAACAAUUGAUGGUAAUGGUAAUGCUAAUGGUAAUGGUAAUGGUAAUGGUUUUAUUUCAUUUGAACAUGCAUCAGAUUCCAAUUGAGUGCAUCCCAUAAUCAGUUCCCAGUUCCACAUGUCCAAAAGGAGUAGGAAGAAGCAAAGCUUAUUAAAUCCUACCCCUCCAUCUGGUACUUUUACAAUCACUAACUCUUACAUUUGUUCACUUCCUGCUUUCCUAAUAUAGUUUAAGGUUUUUUUUUUAUUUUAUUUUUGUCACGUACUGAAGUACAAGGUGAUAUGAGCAAGUUUAAGUAUUUGUGAAAUAAAUGUAGGUGGCAUUAUGAAUUAUCCUUACUAGCCUUUUUUGCAGUACAUUUAGCCAGUGACGACUGCUUUUAUAGUUAUUAUCCCAUAUUUCCACACAAUAAGUAAGAUAUGGUAGAACCAGAGAGCAAUAAAGAGUGUGGAGUGAUUUCUGAUUGAGAACAAAUUUUGCUUUGUUCAAUAUUGAAAUAUUUCUGGCCACCUUAUGUUGUAUAUUUGUAAUAUGAGGUUUCCAGCUCAUAUUUUCAUGUAUUGUGAGCUUAUUAAAUCCUACCCCUCCAUCUGGUACUUUUACAAUCAAUAACUACUACAUUUGUUCACUUCCUGCUUUCCUAAUAUAGUUUUUUUUUUGUUUUUUGUUUUAUUUUUUAAGGAAAAGCGGUAGAAAAUGAAUGAAUUAUUUUUUUAUUUUUUUAUUUUUGUCCCGUACCAAAGUACUCUGUGAUAUGAGCAUCCAAUGCCAUAAUGUGUACCAUAGUGCGUGUCAAUAUAGUGAUAUAUAUAGCACAUCAUGACUGGUUCAAGACUCUUCAUCCUUGGAUUUAGCAAACAUCAACUGCUUGUAUUGUUUCUUUGAGGGUCUUUAAAGGAUUUUUAAAGGACAUCUUAAGAGAAAAUACACACAAAUUCACAAUAACCACCCAGUUUCAUUUAUUAAUAUUCCUAUUAGUGAAUGCAAAUUGUUGUAUCAAUGCGUUACGGCCUUCCAGCAGGCUGAAUGAAUUGUCGUCCAUUAUUGAUUAUGAAUGUCAUCAUGUUAACCAGGUGGUAUUUAUUUAUGGUACACAUACAGUUGUUAAAAUACAUGUAUGUUGAUUAAAUGUAUGUAUUUUCAGUCUUCACAUAUUACGGUACGGUGUUGGAAAUGCUGUAUGUUCAAGUUGGACACGACGGUUACUCAUCGUCAUCGUCAUCGUCGUCGUCGUCAUCUUCAUCCUCAUCGUCAUCUUCAUCCUCAUCGUCAU